AUGGAUGAUGAUUAUAGAGCUAGAAAUUGUAGAUCAGUUAAUUCUACACCUUUGAUUAGAAAUCGUCGACUAUUUUUAUACAAAGACGUUGAUGAACCUUCUACAGACCCUGAAUGUGCAGAGGAUUGGCUACAUUCAAAAUUACAAGCAUUAAAAGGCCGUAGAGAGCCUAUUGCUAGAAAUAAAAAAGAAGCAGAAAAAAUGCUUCUUGAAGAAUUAAAAAAUAAAGCAACAAAAUUAAUAUCAAAAGAAAGUGAAGGGGAUCCUUUAGAAGAAUACAAAAAAGAAGAACAACGACUAAAAAAUACAAAAUCGCCAUUUAACACAGAAAUUGACGGGCUUAGAAAAGCAAAUAAAUUUUUACAAAAUGAGAGGGCUAAACAGAAUUUUUUUAAGCAAAGUUUUCAUUUUAUUCGGAAAUUAAAAAAAUAUUUUUUUAAAGAUCCUUCUUUUAUUUCUUCAACAAUUUCUAAAAGUCUACCUUCCACAAACGAAUUUUUUGCAACUCAGCGUUCUUUAAGUGCUGCACCAGGAAUUAAUAAUAUAAAUAAUUUUAAUGGGCAAAGUCAACAUUUUGGAAAUUUAAAUUCUAAUUCUCCUAUACCUCAGGCUAAUGUUAAAAGAGGAGCAACACCAACAGGCCAAAUACUUAGUUCAAAACCUCCAACACCUCCCCCAAAUAUAAGAGGAGAUAAUCGUGAGCGUUCAAAAAGCCCGCACAAUUCAAAAUUAAUUUUAAAAAAUUCUUCAAAAAAAUCUUUUGAAGAAUUGGAACCUUCAACAUCUUCCUUAAAUAAUUCUGCUGUAAAUCCAAAUUUAUUAGCUUUGAGGCAAUCACUUUAUGCAAAAGAAAGACAAAGAAUGGGGUUACCUUUAAAUGGAAAUGUUAAUGAAUUAAUUAAUUAUGAAAAUAAUAAUGAUGAGGAUGAAUUUGUAUCUUCAAUAGAGAAUCAAAAGAAGAAAUGGGCACUUCCGGGUUUAACUAAAAAUACGGAAAGUAAUUUCCAACAACAAAACAAUUUAAAUAAUCAACAAUUAACAAAUGUAAAACCAAUAUUAAAAAGAGGUACUCAACAACAACAACAAUUAAAUAAUGGAACAGAAUCUCCCAUUUUAAAUAAUAAAAAACAAUUUAGUGAAGAUUUAACACCAAAUUAUCAACAAAAACAACAUUUUAACGGCAAUAAUUGGUCAUUAGAACGUAGUGAUACUCCACAAUUUCCUCUAGUUUCUGACAGAGAAACACCACUUCCUUAUCACCCACUUUUAUACAAAAGCGAUGAUUCUAGCCAAAAAUUAAUUUUUACAAAAAAUAUUAGUCAAUCUACUAUUCCUGCAAAUAGGUAA